GUGUCGCCCGUCUACUAACAACAAACGUGUCGAACUGUUGUUUGUUUGUUUUUUAAAUCCGGGAGAGUGUGAACACCCGAGCAAGCACAACUGUGCAUUUCAUAAAAUAAAAUAAAGUCUGUUGUCGACGAAGUUGCGGGUGGGGAAAAAAAAAUAAUUAAAAAAAAAAAAAAAAAUCUUAAAGGUCUGACGACGACCGUGUUUCCCAUCCGGGUCUUUUCUAGCUUGGCGGAGGAAUUCGUCCGUCGUAGGAAGAGGAAAAGGAGGCGCCGUCUGAAUUCCGCAUCGAGGCAUUCUACCGUCCGGAUAUCUUCGUCCUUACACCCCGUGCUUGGAUUUUUCUCCUAGGUCUGUGCGCGUAUUUAGAUGGCAAGCUUCCCAGACUCUGUAAACGAAACUGAUAUAGGUAAGGCUAAGUUCAUCAGUGAACUCCUGGUGCCUGCUGCUCCCUUCGACCAGAAGUCCGGGCGCGAGGCUUGGACAGUGGCCUUUGCACCCAAUGGUUCCUACUUUGCUUGGUCUCAGGGGCGUCGCAUUGUCAGGCUCAUUCCUUUGUCAAAAUGCCUGAAGAGCUUUUCAGUGGGCAAUUCUGGAGUGAGCACCAAUGCCUCGAGCCCACGGCGCUUGUCCCGUCAGAACAGCGACGGAGGCCAGGUGUUGCCGGUGUCCGGUGAGCCCUGUGAGCACACCAUCGACUGCGGCGACAUCGUGUGGGGCCUAGCCUUCGGUUCCUCUGUGCCGGAGAAGCAGAGUCGCUGCGUCAACAUCGAGUGGCACCGCUUCAAGUUCGGCCAUGACCAGCUGCUGCUGGCAACGGGCCUCAACAAUGGUCGCAUCAAGAUCUGGGACGUUUACACCGGAAAACUGUUGCUGAAUCUGAUGGACCAUACUGAUGGUGUGCGAGACUUGACCUUUGCCCCUGAUGGCAGCCUAAUGCUGGUCUCUGCAUCCAGAGAUAAGACGCUCCGUGUGUGGGACCUCAAAGAUGAUGGUAACAUGGUGAAGGUUUUGCGGGGGCAUCAGAACUGGGUGUACUGCAGCGCCUUCACCCCCGACUCCUCCACCUUGUGCUCAGUUGGCGCCGGCAAAGCAGUGUUUCUAUGGAACAUGGAUAAGUUCACGUUGAUCCGGAAGCUGGAGGGGCAUCACAAUGACGUGGUGUCUUGUGAGUUUUCACCCGAUGGGGCACUGUUGGCCACUGCCUCUCACGACACCAGGGUCCUUGUAUGGGACCACCACAAGGCCACCAUCCUGCUGGAGCUGGGCCACCUCUUCCCUCCUCCAUCACCCAUUUUUGCUGGAGGGUCAAAUGACCGAUGGGUUCGCUCUGUGAGCUUCUCCCCCGACGGCCGCCACAUUGCCAGCAUCACUGAUGACAGACUGGUCCGUUUCUGGAGCAUCGAGGAAAGGGCCCCUCAGGCCAUUGCGCCGCUCACUAACGGCCUGUGCUGUGCCUUCUCUCCGGAGGGAGGUGUCCUUUCUGCUGGGACUCGUGACGGCAGUGUGCACUUUUGGGAGUGUCCUCGCAGUGUUGCGAGUCUGCAGCACAUUUGCAGGAUGACCCUCCGCCGGGUGAUGAACACCCAGCAGGUCGAGGGCCUGGCUAUUCCGACGCCGCUCCGUGACUUCCUGACAUACAAAAUCAUCUAAAUCUACCUACCCCAAGCACCAGCUGACCCAACUGCACAUGCCGCAGCAGCCAUAUGCUGAAAAACCAAGGAAUCCAGAAAACAGUUUUCAUAGAACUUUGUUGAACAAAUGGAUGUGAUCAGGACAGGGGGGAUUACUGGAGCCCCGGAGACACGUCCUCAUCUCAAACCCCACCACCCCCCCACCACCAAAUCCACUUACAGCUGGAUAUCGUGUUGUGUCAUGCAUAUUUAUUUUUGUAAGUGAUUCAUAAACGAGUGUGAUGGGCCCAUGGCCCCAUCCACACCUCCUGUCCCCUCCAUCGCAUCAGUGUGACACCUGUAAGUGUUCAGCUCCUCUUCCCGCUGGGCUCCGGCUCUCCACCAUCGUCGCUUUCCUCGGACCUAAAAUGGCUGUUGCACGUAACAGGAGAAACUUUGCAGUGGUGCUUGCGCUUGAUGUCAGGGUUUCUGUUGGCAUGUGGGUGAGCUAAAGGUAACACGGUCUGAUUCUCAGACCUGUGAACUGCUGAUGCUGUGGACUUUUACAUUAUGGUCAUAGCACAAAAGAGAAACCUUAAGCUCACUCUAGAUAUACUGGUAAGAGUGGAUUUCCCAAAAUUUGAAUGGCAAAAGAAAAAGUACAGUUAUUCUUAAGAUAUUUUCAGAAAGUGACGCCGCUAUAGUUUGUCAACCAGAGAGUAGUGGAGUUUCAUUUUCAAAAAGGCCCUUACCUGCACCUUUCUUGGUCACAGUUGUUAAAGAAAACGAAGGGAUUAAUCAAAUUUUAUUUAUUUUUAUUCCUUUUAAACACUCUGUUACAACAUCUGAUCAUUUUGGUUGAGCAGUGCCACAGAAGGCCAAAGGAGGAACGCGCGUUGCGGUGAGAAACAUUCAAUGUGAACAGCACUUUUGCUUGUUUUCCAGAAAUCUCCACAGGGUACAAAAAACCACAGGGUACAAAAAAACCUUUCUCAAAGAGCUCCUAAUACUUACUACCAAACCAACAAUUGGCACAACCCUGACAUGAUGCAGGCGUAGCUCACCCACAGUCCACCUAAAAAAAGUCUCUAACUGGCAACAACACUUAAGUGUGCUUGAACUUACCUUCCUGUCCUGUGCAAAGCACCUCUGCUGCUUAAAUGCUAUAUAUAGUUGAGCUUGUAAAAACCCUUGUAUACAAAUGUCCUUGUGAUAAGUAUGUAUAUACAAAAUUGUAUCAUGUCCAUAAACCUAUCAUCUUUUUUCACUUUAUUUUGUCAUUUAUAUCCCAUAUAAAUGACAAAAUGUAAAUGUUGAAUAUUUGUAUUUUUGUAUUCCGUUAUUCUUUUAAUGUAAAAAUGUCUGUCUUACGGCCCAUCAGGGUUUCAUUACAUUACACCUCUGUAGGUCAGCUUUAGAUCGUGGCCAUACUGUGCCUUGUCAACUUUACUUUAUGUAAAAAUUCCAGAAUGACCCCAAAAGUAUUCAAUCGCAACUAACCAAUCAGCUGCCAGCCGCAGCCAUUUGCUGUUAAAUACCACCAUGUUUGCUGAAAUAUAGGCACAGGAUGACUUCAUUUUUUUCUUGAUUGUCUGUUUGUCAGUGAGAGGUAUGAAGAAGGGAAGGUGUGGCCUAAGCGUCGUCCUCGUGUUUCUGUCGGAAGGUGGCUACUGAGCCGCAGCUGUCAGUCAUUCUUGGCAAUAAGGUUUCCUUUCCAGAUAGCGUAUGUUAAUGCACAGGUUUUUAUAAUUUUCUGCUGAGAUAAAGGGUGCGUCUAAUGAAUGGGCUGCUGUGCUCGGUUGUCUUUACAGACCGAGGCUUAAGAGGGGUUUACAUGGCAAGAGUUUGUAUACCUGCAACCAUUGUGAUUGGAAAAACACAGUUCUGCCUCAGUGGGAUGCAGUAUGAAGUGGUAAAUAUAUCAUAUAUAUAUAUAUAAUAUAUGACUAUUUAGUUCUGUAUUUUUUUCCGGUCCGUGUGUAGUUUCAAUAAAGGCUUUUUUGACAAAAUAA